UUAUGUUUGAUAUUCCACAAACCCAACACUAGAAAAGAAAUUGAAAAAAAAAUUAGUCUUUUAAUCUCAAGUUGCCAUGGCUAAGUUUGCAGUCCGAGAGAUGGCAUUGGUGGUGGUGAUAGCAUGCAUGUUAGUCUCUGCAUCUCCUCGAGUUGGUGCAACGAUAACGUGCCUGCAGGUGACCAACUGGCUGACACCCUGCAUCAGCUAUGGAGUGAUGGGAGGGACGGUGGCACCAGAAUGCUGUACCGGAAUUCAUGAACUGAAUGCUGCUUACAAGACUACAGAGGAUAUCAGGAAAGCUUGCAGUUGUGUUAAAGAUGGUGCUGCUAUGAUCCCUGGACUUGACUAUGAUCGUAUCAAUGAGAUUCCAGGAAAAUGUAACACUAAAUGUCCCUACAAAGUCUAUCCUGACACCGAUUGCUCUAAGGUUGGUUAAAUUAAUCCUUGAAGAUUUUUGCACUAUCUGUGUGCAAAGCUCAAAGUAAUCUGAUAUGAGAAUAAAGCUCCUUGGCGAAUAUUAAUGUAACUCAAAUAAAGCUACUAGCUAGCUAUAGUGUUACUUGUAAUCGUUUGGUUGAAUGGUCAAUUCAUAUGUGUAUCGCUUGCUACAAAUAAAUAAUCUUUUCCUUUUAGAAUUGUAAGACUUGGAGAGGAAGAGAUUUGAAGAUAUUAUAUAUUUUUGUUGAACUUGCUAUCAUUGGCUGUAUUUGUUAGACCAGUUAUAUAAUAUAAUUCUCGUAGUAAUUUUAUUUUGCA